AUGUUCAAAAAUAAUUAUUAACUUAAAUCUUCAAUCAUUGCUUAACUUCUGAAACAUUUAAACUCAAAUUGCUCUUAUGGUAAUGUAUUCGAGUUAAAAAUUAUUGGUGACCCUUAAAAUCCGAUUUUUUCUAUCGUAUUAAAAUAAAGUCGUAAUAGCAAUACCUUAUUACAAAGUGAUAUGAUUUAAAAAAACUUGGAUGAAUUAUUUAAUGUUUUACCAAAAUUGUGCAUCAAAUAAAUUGAAUAAGUAAAAGAUGUAAUUAUACCAAAUUCCUUUUAAGUACAGAUUUCAUUAGAUUAAGUAACUAAGUCAUAAAUAUCAAUGCCAUUUAAAGUUUUAAUUAGUGAUAAAUUAAUAUUAUACCCUCUGUUUUGUGAUUUCUAAGUAUUUUUAGAAUAGAUGUUAUAAUCAAAUAAAUUUGCUGAUGAAAUAAUAAACAUUGAUCCAGAUGAAUAUUAUGUUAUAUCUUUAAUGUGGGAAAUUAGAAAUUUAUUGAAUGAUCUGUAUAAGAAUUAAGCUUCGUUUGAAUUCAUUUUAUAUCCAAAAAAGCAUAAUUUUGGGAUUUGUAAAUAAUAAAAUAAUACAGAAGUCAUUUACUUUCAUUCAUUAAAGCACAAAUAAAAGUUUUUAUAAUAAAAUAGUAAAUUUUGCAGGUUAUCUACAACAAUAUAUGAAGCUUUAAAAAAAAAGGAAAUAAUUGAAACUUAGAUUAACCUUUUCUUCUUGGGUGAUGGAAAAUUAUGUUGUUAAGAAUUAGAUAUCAAAGUUGAUUAUUCAAAACAUUUAUUUUAAAUAGAUUUUGAAAACGAAGAAGAAGAAAAUGUAAAAAAGUGGUCUUAAUAAAUCUAAAUUAGUGAUUAAUAGCAUUCUAAUUAAAUAAAAUUGCCUAUUAUUAUUAAAAACCCAAUUUUAUGUCAAAGUACUCUAUGUUUAAAUAAUCAUAUAGAAAAUGAUAUAUAACAUUUUAUAAAAUUUGAAAAAAAUAUAAAUCCUAAAUGUUAAUGUGGAAGGGAAUUGGAUCCAUAUAAUGUUGAUACUUUAAUUAUAGAUUAUAAGUUAAUGAAAGCCUUUAAUCAUAUUAUUUAGGAUUUAUUACUUUAAAUAGAAGAAAUUGGUUUAUAAAUAUUAUUACAUCCACUUUAUAUGGAAGUUGAGAAAGAUGUAUAUGAUAAUUAUUUUAUUGUUUUAUUUAUAAAGGAAUAUAAUUAGAAGAAGAAAUUAAAAUUAAAAUCUUAUUAUUUUGAAGGUCCUAACUAAAAUUAUAAUUUGCAUUUGAUUGAAGAUAAAAAUGACGAAAAAGAUUAUUUAGAUAAAUUAUUGGGAGAAGAAGAAAUUUAUAAUGAAUCAGAUGAACAAUCAUAAGAAAAAUCUGAAUAAGAGACUAAAAUGUCAAUUGAGAAAUGA